CGUGAGUCCCACCUGUGUCUCCACAGCCCUGUCACGAAUCCGAGUGAAAUUCUGGGAGGGACCGUCUAGGCAUUGCCGGCCGGCUGCGGCUCGGCGACGGCGGACUCACUUCCUGCUCCAUCCCGGGCUGGGCCCUGGGACGGAACUGAUGACCCUAGGUGAUGUGGCUGGGUACUUCAGGGCAGAGUGGGUUACCUGGAUCCUGCUUAGAGAAUCCUCUUCAGGGAUGCCACACAGCACGGUUAGAAGAAUGGGCUCUCAAAGGGAUUUCUAGGCCAAGUGUAAUCUCCCAGCUGGAGCAGAAAGAAGGACCCUGGGUCCCAACACUCCAACAUUUCAAUGAGAGGAAAAUCCUAAGGGAAAGUCACACAGACUUUGAAAAUCAGGUGGCAAAACUCAAUCAGGACAUUUCUGAAACAGCAAAACAAUGUGGAACACCAUCAGAAAGGGCCAAUAAAAAUAUUUCUCAUACUCCUAGUUGGGAAAGAAACUGGAAGAGGGACCUUAAAUUAGAAGGGCAACAUGGAACUCUUCCAGGAGAAGGCCAGCAGGAGACGGAUUUAAACAAGCUCCUUGAUGGAUAUGUAGGAAAGAAGCCCAUGUGUGCAGAAUGUGGGAAAAGCUUUAACCAGAGUUCCUAUCUCAUAAGACACCUAAGAACCCAUACUGGUGAGAGGCCCUAUAAAUGCAUUGAGUGUGGGAAAGGCUUCAAACAGAGUUCAGACCUUGUUACCCAUCGCAGAACACACACAGGAGAGAAACCCUACAAAUGCAAUGGGUGUGAAAAAAAAUUCAGUGACAGCUCGACACUUAUCAAACAUCAAAGAACCCACACAGGUGAGAGACCCUAUGAGUGCCCAGAGUGUGGGAAGACCUUCAGACGAAAGCCACACCUCAUAAUGCACCAAAGAACCCACACAGGAGAGAAGCCCUACACGUGCCUCGAAUGCCAUAAAAGCUUUAGUAGGAGCUCAAAUUUCAUCACCCAUCAGAGGACCCAUACAGGAGUGAAGCCUUACAGAUGUAAUGACUGUGGGGAGAGUUUUAGCCAAAGCUCAGAUUUGAUUAAGCACCAACGAACUCAUACAGGAGAACGGCCCUUUAAAUGCCCAGAGUGUGGGAAGAGCUUUAGGGAUAGUUCUCAUUUUGUGGCUCAUAUGGGUACUCACUCAGGAGAAAGACCGUUCAGUUGUCCUGACUGUAACAAACGUUUCAGUCAGAACUCACAUCUGGUCACACACCAGAGAACACACACAGGUGAGCGACCUUUUAAGUGUGAUAACUGUGGGAAAGGAUUCACCGACAGCUCUGCCCUCAUUAAGCACCAACGGAUCCACACAGGAGAAAGACCCUAUAAAUGUAGCGAGUGUGGGAAGAGCUUCAAUCAGAGCUCCCACUUCAUUACCCAUCAACGAAUCCACUUAGGAGACAGACCUUAUCAAUGUCCUGAGUGUGGCAAAACCUUUAAUCAGCGUUCCCAUUUUCUCACACACCAGAGGACACAUACAGGAGAAAAACCUUUUCACUGUAGUAAAUGUGACAAGAGCUUCCGUCAGAAAGCACAUCUUUUAUGCCAUCAGAACACCCAUUUGAUUUAGGAAGUAGCUUUUAGCGGUUCUGCUGCUCCCUUCCAAAUUUCCAUUGCUACUAUCUUUAAAUACUUCAAGCAAAGAAAACCUGAACCUGGGUAUCAGUAGUUCAAGUUGAGCCCUGAUCUAUUCUCUCUUUUUUCCAUAUUAUAAUGGAGAGGAUAAACCUGUAGAGUCCAUAUAAUUUUCCAAACACAGAAGGCAUUCCUUAGUGUUUUUGACUGGCUCUUAGGGAUUGAUGUCUGAUUAUUUAAAAAGUAGUGAGAUAAAUCUGGCCUAGAGAUCACACAUAAACCACCUAGUAUGUGCCUGGUACAAAGUUGGUGCUCAAUAAAUGGUCACAUGAUCUCUAUCAGUGAUCAUUAUUUGAGAUCUUAUAUAAAGCCCUUAAUACAUUGCCUGGUUCUUAAAAGGCACUCAGUACAUGGUUGGUUGCUUUCAUCAACGUUAUUACUCAAUAAGGAAUUUAUUAGUAUGGGCCUUCAAGCCCAGAACAUGGAAGAAAUUAGAUUGGAACUAAAAAGUUUGGGUGUUAUCACCUAGAUUUAAGAAAGCAGAAAACCUCCCAAUCCAAUGCUAUUCAGGCAUUAGUCACCAGAUGUCUAAUUGUGACAAGGCAGAAUUAUCGUAGAAGAUGUUUGCAGUCUUGCAACAGAGAAGCUGAAAGAAUUUCAGAAUCCGUGAAGCCACGUAUGAGGUACUCCCUGUGGAGGUUUGCUGUCAUCUGAGGCAUAUGCAGUUUUUGCUGAAUUCUAAGAAAAUAUCCUAUGAUAAAUAAGCUAGAGAGACCUGAAAGAAGCCUGUAAAAUUGUGGAAGUGAAAUUGCUGAAAAUGUUAAAUGAUUUUACAGGGAUCCUUCCUGGCAUUUAGCUGAAAGAGGCAAUUCUUGUUUUCUAAUUUGAGGGGUAAUUGGCCCUUAGUUUUAGGGUCAUUAAUUUUAUGCACUAGUAUAUUCCUAUAUUUAAUUGAAAUAAAUUGAGGGAAGGCAGGGUGUUGGAAAGAAUACUUACUUCGUUGAGAAGGUAAAGUUUUUGAGUCCUGGCCCUGGGACUUAAUUUGGCCAGAUUUUUACCUUCUCUCACUGCCAGGUUAUACCUACCUUACCUACCUCACAAGGUUGUUGUGGGGAUCUAAUACAUGCACACAUAAGCACUUUGUUGUUAAACUAUAAAAUGUAAUAUCUCUAAAGUUUAAUGAAAUGUACAGUAUUGUUAAUGUCUUUUUUACAAGGAGUGUUGACUAUUAUUUCUCAAAGUGUCCCAUUUUCUCUCAUACUGAGGGACUCCUUUUUUUUACAGAUAGAAAAACUAAGGCCUGAAAAUGCUAAAUGAUUCAUUAGGGGUGACAUAGUUAACAAGAGAGCCAUUAUUUGGCUGCAGGUCUCUAGAUUCCGGUCUGUAGACCUCCUCUUCAACAACAUGGAACAGACCAGCUUUGGGAUUUGUUAGAGUUCAUCUGAGACUACAGGAUUGGAGGAUUUAUGUUAUUUCCAUUAAACCAGUCUGAAUUUGAAAUGAUGAGAUUCAGCCUGAGUUCUGGGGAACUUUACCAGAACUCCUGUGCUGGGGGUCCUUGAUCCUCAUGGUGUGAGGGUAGAGGGGUAAAGGAAGGGGGAAAAUGUUAAGGAAGGAAUGGAGUGGUUAUCACUCUUUAGAGAGAAAAUUGUUUGAUGUGAAGUUUUUUUCUUUCAAGCCAUACUGUAUCAAUAUAGGCUUGGAACACA